CGCUUUAUUUUUUCCUUUCCCGUCGAUUGAAAAAAAAAAAUCCCAAAUUUUCCGGGAACAUUUGGACAAAAGCCCCGUCGAGAUUCGACAAAUCUGAGAUUGUUUUUGUUAUUUACUUUGUCGCCUGUUCCUACUCUGUUCACUCUUCGUCCUCCACUCUCCCCCUCUUUCGAUGGGAAGCCCUAACGCCGCCGCCGGGAAAGAUGAUUCCGCCACCGAAACGGAUCCUACGACACGACGUCGAGACUCUGGCUCUGAUACAGAGUCCAACACCGAUAGCUACGGAGACGACUUUCCCCAUCCUCCUCCGACGCACUUGAGCCAGUUCGAAGAAGGCGAGAAAGUUUUAGCCAAGCACAGUGAUUGCUUCUACGAAGCCAAGGUUCUUAAAGUUGAAUAUCAAGUCAAUGAAUGGAAGUAUUUCGUGCAUUACAUUGUAAGUAAGAUUAUUUGGGACGAAUGGAUAGGCCUGGAUUGUGUGUUGAAACAUACGGAGGAGAAUAUUGAGAAACAGCGGGAACUCGGUCUGAAGCAAGGAGUAAAGAGUGCAAUGGCUUGGAGAGUAUCUAAGAUGAAACCUAGAAGCCCUAACGUUGCUAGAGGAAGAAAGCGGAAGCAGGAUUCUGUUGACACAGUAGUCUCUCCAUUGGAGGAGAAGAAUGUGGUUCCCUCCGACAACGUUUUAACUUUCCACAUCCCACCAGCGUUAAGGAAGCAACUAAUUGACGACUGUGAAUUUGUUACUCAGAUGGACAAGCUUGUGCAACUUCCGCGCUCACCGAAUGUGGAUGACAUCUUGAAGAAGUACAUUGACAGCAAAAUGAAGAAACAUGGCAGGGUAAGUGAUUCAGCAGAGGAAAUUCUGAAAGGUUUGCGUUGCUACUUUGACAAUGCUUUACCGCUGAUUUUGCUUUACAACAAUGAACGCAAGCAAUAUGAGGAAACCGUAUCAUCACCGGAUGUUUCUCCCUCAACUGUGUACGGAGCAGAGCAUUUGUUACGACUCUUUGUGAAAUUGCCUGAGUUGCUAGUCCAUGUGAAUAUGUCGGAAGAGACAUUGAAGGAAUUGCAGGACAAUUUUGUCGAUAUUCUCAGGUUCUUGAGGAAGAAUCAGACUUCGUUUUUUGUAGUGGAAGAAAUGGAGAAAAAAGAAGAUUAGGAUCCGAUAUAUAUAAGGUGACGUGUCAUUAUUGUUGUAACUAUGUGCAGUUUAUGUAUUCUGUUUGUAUUAUUAUUGAUAUAUAUGUAAUGUAAUGACUAAUGAGAGCUAGAUGUCUCUCUAUUAUUAGGAAUAUGAUUAUCGUGUUUGUCUCUCUUCUAAUUUCACCAUAUUAAUAUAUUAUCUUUGUUACAAACUUCUCUUCAUUUUCAAUGUUAACUUUUUGAAUUACCGG